AUGGCAGGAGAUAAAAAAGUAUUCACGCUUGUUGAUUCAGAGAGUGAGCAGGAAGCAGGGGAGAUUGUGACUACUGCAAUACCAUUCUACAAGUCACACAAGAGCAGCUGUCUGAGUGGAGGGAGACUGGUGGGAGAGAACAGAUCACCAACCAUUCUGAACUAUCCAGCAGGAAACAGCAGGUUCAAGAAGGAGCUGAAGAAGGAGUAUCAGACAGUGAAGCAGGGCGACAGGGUGGCAGAGGAGAGCAGGGAGUUCUUCAUGACGAACAAGUUUCUGGAACAGGGCAGUUGCAAGGCGAGUUACGAAAUGGUGAAGAACGAGGAGUUGCCAGGGGUGGAGACAAAGAGAAGGCAGGGCCCAGGGGGAGCAGUGGCCGUGGAAUUCAUCAGGGAGACAGCAGCAAAGAGCAGCUACCAGGAAUUGGCCAAGGAGCUCAGGGAGACGCCAAAGAUCAACGAGAACAUCUUCAGCAAGGCUGGAUCACAGUAUUCGUUCAGAAACACCAUUUUGAUCACUGACAGAAUGAUUGAGACCUAUUCAAAGUGCAGCAGUGCGUGGGUGACGUACGAGAACCACGUGAGCAAGAACAGGGCAUGCAAAGUAUUCGGAAAGACGUUCUACAACCAGAUUGAAUUUGAUGAAUUCUACAGGGAGCUGAGUUACAGUCUGUGGCAGGCAGAAGAAGGACGAAGCUGUACAAUCAGAGAAUACUCGCUGAAAUAUAGAGAUGAUGAAUGCACCCUAUUGAUAUAUUCAUAUGGAUCAGGAGAUGGGCAUCUAUUUGGAAACGGGCUGGAUGUGGCAGCAAACAGAAUUCUGGUUGAGAAAGAAGGCGGAGUUGUUGAGCUGGAGCAUCCGAUGCGGCUGUUUCAGACGAACCUGUUCAACAACGUCCUUGAGGUCGAGCACAAGAAUGCAGUCAGAUACGCCCUGAAUGGCGGCAGAAUUCUGGCAGUGGGAAACAUAGGCGAAAUAGUCGAAUACAAGGAAGUCUCCUACGACCUGUUCACAAAAAGGUGA